AAAUAUGGAAAUUUUGAAUUUUUACACUAAUAAUCUUGACAGGUUUGCCAACGCUUGUAUGUAAUCCGUUGACAAGAAUUAGGGUCGUCACACUCACUCACGACACGGCGGACGGCGGGUGUGUUCCGAAAUUUACUGCCACUGUUGAAACCUAUAAUAUACGUCACGUAAACUAUAGAUUUCCAGUACUGGCAGUAAAUUUCGGAACGCAGCAAUAGCUAUCGGCAUAGUACAAGACCGUAGUGCACAUGUUGGAAAAUUUGCGAAUAUCUUAUUGUAACGUGGUAAAACAUGAUAUUGUUUCAUUAAUAUGGUGUUCUCGUGAUUAAUUGAAUCGGUGGAAGGGCCUGGAAAUAAAAAGAAUUUGAUAGGACUGACAUCACCAAUUCGCAAACGCAGAAUGUUGCAGCAAAACAUUGUGGUUGUAAAGAACGCUGUGAAGCGUUAUGGGAAAGAAGAGUUGGUGCUCGACGGAUUGAAUAUGACGGUUUCAAACGGUUCCGUAUACACGCUGUUGGGGGCCAGCGGAUGUGGCAAGACAACCCUGUUGUCCUGUAUCGUCGGAUUACGUUAUCUCGACAGUGGAGAGAUGUGGGUCUUGGGGGGAUCUCCGGACAGUGUGGGCUGCGGAAUUCCAGGGCCUCGGGUGGGUUAUAUGCCGCAGGAUACCUCAUUAGUCGAACUGUUUUCUACAAGCGAUGCUCUUUAUUACUUCGGCAGGAUCAAUGGGCUUGACGAUAAGGAGAUCGAAACGAGACAUAGGUUUUUCUCGGAAUUGUUCCAACUGCCUCCAGCAAAUCAGUUGGUGAAGAACAUGAGUGGAGGUCAACGAAGAAGGGUUUCCUUUGUCGCCGCAUUGAUGCAUAAGCCCGAAUUUCUAAUUCUCGAUGAACCCACCGUAGGUUUGGACCCAAUUUUGAGAGAAAACAUUUGGGCUUAUCUGAUCAAACUAACACAGGAGGAAGGCACCACCGUAUUGAUGACGACGCAUUAUAUCGAAGAGGCUAAACAGGCUAAUACAGUCAGUUUAAUGAGACAUGGUAAAUUGUUAACUGAAUCGGCGCCGCAAAAAUUACUGGAGAAAUUUCAAUCCUCGUCAUUGGAUGAAAUUUUCCUGAAAUUGUGCGAGACACAGAAUAAUGCAGUCACUUUAACUGAAGAUCAGGGAUCCAAUAUGGAAGACACUGGUGGCGAUGCCUUUAAUCACGAUCGAAACAAAUAUGAACAACUACAAGUAUGUACG